GCUGUGCUUGGAUGCCCGAUGGCCGCGCAGGACACCAUGCUACGAAAGACUUCAUAAGCGUGUCGGUUCUGUUGCCGUCGUCAAUGCGCAAAGGCAACCCUCCAAUACGUCUCCCUCUCAAUCGGCCCUGAGGGCUGACCCCUGCGAAAGGUGUAUUCUACCUUCUCAUCCCAUCCAUCGCCACCACCUUCUGACCUUGCCGAAAUGAGGUUGGCCGGCCUUUCUUGCGCCUUGCUGGUGAGCAGCGUUGGCUUCUUCCUCGCGCCCACGCAUGCUUUACCAACGGGCAACAACACGUACGGCCUCGCUGAGCCGUCACGCAAUCCCGACAAUGGUCCGGACAUUGAGCCAGCAGACAUCAAAUCGGGCGCCCACUAUAGGGUGCUCGCAGAAAACUUCAUUGCAUCUCUGAUGUACCCCAACAAUAUCCAUGCACACGACCUCAAAUCCAGCCCUCUGUUUGAGCCGAGCAUGAUUGGUCGGGUCGAGCAGACGACGACGUUUGCUGGUGAUGAGCUCAACGUCGAAUACCUCUACUAUUUGUUCCAAGAUAUUGCUGCUAACGCUCAGAGCAAUGGACCACCUCGAGCCAUGGGCUAUCCGUACGAGUACAACAUCACCCAAGUCGCUGUGGAGAACAACGUCGUCGUUGCUAACGCGGUCACGCAGUGGAACUGGGGACGCGGCUUCAACGAUACCCAAGACUUUGUGCUGCCCAUAGAGCUGACCGCUUGGAUAUGGUACAGCAAAAAUGACAAAAUCCAACAGUACGACGCGAGCUUCAAGCGAGCAGAUUGGGUGUUCGACAUCGCCGCAGACUGGCUCUUGCCUCAGAUCGCACAUCGUGAAGGAUGGAGCGUGAACACGACAACUGUUCGUGACGUCGAGAUUCGGCGAUAUACCGCGGACUACGUCUGCAAGGCAGCGCUAGCCAAUUGCCACGGUAAAGACGAACACUACGAAUCAUAUGAUGACUGCAUGAGCGUUCUCAACGGCGACGAUCCCAGUGAUCAGGUGCCCCUCGGUACUCCAAGCCUCGCAGGCGAGAACACCUUAUGGUGCCGAUUUGUUCACACCCCCAUGUUGCCCAUCCGUCCUGCCGAGCACUGCCCACAUGUCGCACGGUCAGGCGGCACCAUGUGCAUCGAUCGUGACUACAGGAAUGUGACCAACGAAAAUGUCUUCCCCAAAACGAUGAAGGCGCCGCUCGUCGCCUUGCCGGCUAGCAAGAGUCUCGAGGGCACCUCUCCAGAGACGAUCAGGGAGCUCGACUUUGUUUCCAGCGAUAAGAUUCGUCCAGAGACGCCAUAUUGGUUCUCCGUCAACGGUCUAGUCCUCUUCGCUAUUUUCUGGAUCCUUGCCAUCGUGGUCGACAUGGUGUUGCGCAUCCUACCCAUGACGCGCAAACGUUUUACGUCACUGUCAUGGGCGAAUCAGCGCACCACCGUCGUCUACGUCCUCAACAUAUUUUUCACCACUGCUGCUCUCGCUUUGCAGCUUGCUGCAUCGCCAAGCUUCAGCGGCAACUUCAAAUCCUUCCACUUUGAAGUCGGACGUGCAGCAGUGCUCAUCAUUUCUGAGCUGUACUUAUUUGAGCUCAUCUACCGUGCCAAGAUGCGUCCGCCAAUGAUUGCUCAUCACAUCCUCACCGUGUUUGCUAUCUCCUUCACCAUCAUCCUUGUGGAUCAGCGGCAUGAUCCCGCGUAUUUGUGCUGCGGCUUGGCUUGGCUCUUCCAAGCGACAACGGAGCAGACCACAUUCAUCGGGCUCUUCAUGUACCGCAUGUGUCCUUCGCGACCUAGGAUGGUCCGGCAUUGGCUCCACUUUGCAGCUAUCCAAGGCCUGAUCGCAAAGCUUGCCGCCACUGGUCUUACUCUGUGGGUCUGGGCGAAAUGGCAACGUUUCGACUCGACUGCUAUUGGCCGAGCAUACACCGUCAUCUUGUGGAUCGCCAUGGUCGCUCUACUCGCAACACAGGUUUGGGGCGCCAUGGUGACCUUCAGUAUCGGGUCCACAGUCGAGAAGCGCUUCAAGCGGCAAGCGGAGGGAAGGGAUUCUCGACGCAAGACGGUCGCGCCACCGGCUGUGUCAUCCCCCGGAGCCGCCUCGACUGACUCGUUGGAGAAGGGCGGUAUCGAGUUGAGGGACACGAGCACUGCCCCUUCUUUGCUUCAAAGCAGGAGAGGAAGUGACCAAGACGCCUCUGUUCCUGGCUGCGAAGCCGAUGCCACUCCCGUUGUACACCAUGAGAGCGCAGCUGCAGCGGCGACCGGCCGCAGUAGUACAGAUGCCAAAACAGACUCACCGGCAGACGUCGACCCUCAACUGGCUAAACCUACAUAGUCGUCGAAACAUUUCCUCUCGUGCUCGCUUCCUCAUCAUUCAUAUUCUGUUUAGCAAUACCUUAGACGAAAUGAUCAACAAUGUCCGCUUUGUUGCCAA